GCGUUGUGCCGUCAGGCAGUGUGUAUCAAGUAGCGGGGCGGGACGCGUCUCGCAGCGAGGCAUUCUCCUUCGUCUCUUCCUUUUCGUUCGCCCUCGCCUCUGUUUCUUACGGGUUUUUCUACAUUUCUUUUUCGUAAUGGCCAACCAGUUCGAUCAUUCUGUAAUGCGGGUACCGGGUGCCCAUGCUCGUCGCGGAGCAGUAUUCGUGCGCUCUCUCAGCGCAUCGCCCACGUCGGGGACAGUGGGCGUUGAGACCUCGUUUCCCGGCCUCAACACUCGCUCAAGCGAGGAGCAACUCUCAAAGGGGGAGAAGGCGGCUGUGAUAAUAUGUGUAGUCUUAUUCUUUGCCAUCCUGGGCCUCGCUGCAUGGAGGAUUGGGAAGUGGCGCCGCCGGAAGGCCCUCAUGAAAGCAGCGUCCUCCCACGUCAACGUCUCCUUCGCGGACCAGAAGCACAGCGAGAAGGCGGCCUUCUACGUCGACUUUGACAAGCUCGGUCAACAUAUGGAGAAGCCAGCGAUGAAGGUGUCCAUGCCAGCCACGCCCGCUGCGAGCAUGAAGCGGACGUCAACAAAGGGGCCAUGGACGCACAUCAUCCCUGGCUCGCUGCCCUCCGGGAAGAACAACUACCUCUUCGCCCAGAUCUCGGCUCGCCCACGUGAUGAGCCAUUCAGCGACUCUCCCCCGCCCUCGUAUAUCGCAGCAAGUAGUGCGAAACGAGUGGGACCGCCUGCCCUUGCCAUUCCACCAAGGCCGGAUUCCGCCAACGUCCCUAGUCCACGCUCAUCCUCGUUCGGACCCGACUCGCCCCUGUACAAGACGCCCGGCAAGGACCUCAAGCAUAAGUCCUUCCUCGGGAGCAAGCCCUUGCCACGCGUCAUGCUCGUACAGAGUACCUUUAAGCCGUCUCUUUCGGACGAGCUCCCCAUCAAGGCUGGCGAGAAGCUCAAGAUGCUGGAGGAGUACGAGGACGAGUGGUGCCUAGUCCAGCGCAUCGGGGGCGACAUGCAGAAGGGUGUCGUACCGCGCUUCUGCCUCCGCGAACAAUCAUGAACAUCCCCUCCGCACCCGCAUACCUGCAUGUCAGCGUAACGAACGAUCACGAAGCCCCGCGACGCCAUACGACGCAUCGACACUCCACCGCAUACCCACUGCGACAGCUCUACCUUACACGGCCAUUCUUUUGUACCCUUUGCAUUUACUUGAUAUUUAUCGCACUAGUCUACUGUCGCUUGAUCCGUGAUGUUACUAGUGCUUUGUUCUUCGUUAGUGCGGUGACCAUCCUCUCGCUCGCGUACCUGCUAGUCAGAGUCGAUCCGCUCCUUGUAACUUAUUGUCACGGACAGUGCUACGACGAACAUUCCUGGACAAUAUACUCUAUGUGGUUGCGGGUUGAAGUGCUCGCCUGCUAGACCAUAUCGAUGUUCCGAGUUCUGCGUCCGUUGAUCUGACUGGUUAUCUGGUUAUGAACGUGUUCAUUCAUUCGUAUGCU